CCUUUUUACCCGUUCUCCAUUGCGGCCUUUGAGCCGUCUUGGUGGCAGCCCAUGGUCGAAAAGCGAAGCACCGGAUGGGCAGGCCGCAGCGGAGGGUUAGACGAUUCGACCAAAAGUUUUUUCAGCAGCAGCCAAGCCCUGUCUCAACUUCCCAAUUCCAGCCCAAAAGAUGCAAAAGGCAAACGGAUUCAGUAUCCCAGCGAUAAUAGGCCACGUUCGCUUCUCAAACCAGGGAUCGCUGUUGCAUAUAUUUACGCGUCUGUGGUACUUGUCGUGUGGAACCUAUGGCCAGAAAAACAUCAGACACUACAGACGGAUCCAGUGGAGGCUGUUGGGCUGGAAGAGACCAAAGUUACGAAAGACAUUGCAGUCAUUACAGGAGAUGGCACAGAUGGCCGAGUAGAACGAGUAGAAGGAGUAGAACGAGUAGAAGGAGUAGAACGAGUAGAACCUGGAAGCACUGGAAGCACUGGAAGCACUGGAAGCGCUGCAAGCACUGGAAGCGCUGCAAGCAACAUUGAAGUGCCUUUAAAGCCUUUAAAGCCUUUGUCACCCACAGCUGCGCAGCUAACCAUCACUCAGACUGCGAUUCGCUCGCAAUCUUUGAUAGCAGACGUGACACCUCGCCUCAAGGGAGCACAGUUUGUUCAGUCAACGGAAUCUUUGCGCUUUGAUAGCACAGGGCGAACUUUUGAAGCGGUGGGCGACCACUUACAAGCUUCUUGGGGAUGGAUGUAUCAAGGGACAAGUGGGCUGGUUGGUGACCAACGCAAACAGGAAGCGACAUCAGGGUUCAUCCCCAAAGCCUUAAAGGCACUUGGUUCAAACAUUGCCUGGCAAAGUUUGUUUGAGAUUUCGUUUGCAACAGGAGAGAAGGUUACGUCUCUGGAUUGUUACCUGAUUAAAGGUGCGCCGCUGUCGAAAGUGGAGGCGGAGAAAUGGAAAUUGAUUGCAGGUGAAGCGAUAGAGUUACAGUGCCCAAAAUCGUUGACUGUGCAGUGGACUGGAGCCUUACUUCGACUUGCUGGUGGAGCAGAGGCCUUGCGCAUCCGAGUCUUGUACAGCUACAAGGAAGCUGAUUCGCCGCCUGUUCCUGUGAGCCUCACUACGUGGGAUUUCAAUGAGACUUCCUUCGCUUGCUCCGGUGGAGAUUGCCUUGGAACCAGCGGUGAAGUUGAUGGGAGCCCCUUGAUUGACCCCAAACGAGGACUAUGGGUUGCCAUGGAGCAUCCCCGUGCAGUACAUGGCCUCCGUCGAAAUGGGACUCGGGUCGUGGCAGAGCUGUUUUAUCCAUCCCCUGGAGUCCCCUACUACGCAUCGCUGGGAGUCAGCAGCGCUGGCAGAACAGUGCCGAGCGUCAAUUCAGCAGAUUCUUUUUUCUUGUUGCGACGGCACUUCCGUGCCUACCUUGAUCAAGUUAGAGCGUCACCAGUUCGGCCGUUUUUGCAUUAUACAACCUGGUAUGAUUUGAGACGACAUCCUUGCAUUGAUUCAACAGCUCUGGGAUUACCACAUUGCUCAGCUGCCAAAACCCUCAAUGAGCAGAAUGUGGAUCAACGUAUCCAGGAAACCUACACUGAGUUGUCUGAUAGAGGUGUGAGGUUGAUGGGGACCUUGCUCGAUGAUGGUUGGGACGAUGCAGGUAUGCCUUGGCAUGUUGAGCACACAAACUUCCCUUCUGGACUUUAUGCCAUUUCCGAAGUCGCCAAAAACAAAGGCGUCUCCUUGGGAGUUUGGAUGUCACCAUCAGGUGGCUUUGGUGAAGGUGGCAAGAGAAGGGUGAAGACAGGUGCUGCCAUUGGACUCGAGUUUCAUGGUGAUGCAAAUACCUCAAGUACCCCGAGUAGCCUUCGCCUCUCAGGCACUCGCUAUUUUGAUUGGUUCUUCAAUGCCUCUUUGAAUUUGGUCGAGAAUGGCAUCACCUUUUUCAAAUUUGACGGGAUAGGUGCGAUAGGUGCUGGCAAGUCGAGUGGAGCUGUCGAUGCCGAAGAUGUUGACAGGCUGAUUUUCCUUGUCAAUCACCUGAGACAUCGAGAGUCUCCAAGACAGGCAAGUGGCACCAGUGGCACCAGUGGCACCAGUGGCACCAGUGGCACCAGUGGCACCAGUGGCACCAGUGGCACCAGUGGCAUGGGGGCAAGGUUUCAAGCAUCAGCAUUCACUGGUGCUUGGCCAUCCCCCUGGUGGCUGUGCAGCAUGGAUUUUGUUUGGCGUGGCGGACCUGACUUAGGCCGGAAGGGUGUGGGAUCCCCACGUCAGCAAUGGAUUACGUUUAGGGAUUCCAUGGUCCAUGAUCUUUCACGGCGUGCACAACUCUUUCCACUUUCAAGCCUUUCUGUGGGCGGAAUUGUUUGGAGUCGAGCUGAAGAACCUGGAGCAUAUCUAAAUUCCUUCGACAUGGAAGGCUUUGCCCAAGAAGUGCAAAGUUUUUUUCUCAGCGGUGUGAUGCAUCAAGACCUACAAAUUCAGCCAGCUUUGCUUGCUCCAGCCUAUUGGGACAUUUUGGGAUCCUAUAUCAAUAUUUCCACAAAGUAUGCUGAUGUUCUUCGGGAUUCCCAUUGGAUGGGUGGCGAUCCUUCCCAAGGAGAGGUGUACGGCUAUGGGGCAUAUGCGUGCUCACCUUGCCUGGGAUUGAUGACCUGGCGGAAUCCGAUAGCUGAGAGGCAGAACACAACCUUUACGCUGCGGAAAGCGCUGUCCCUUCCACAGGCGUGGCCAGGUGGUUCUGUCGGAGGUCGAUGGCAUGUCAGAAUAAUAGCGGAGAGCGAGGUUGUGUUGGAUGCGUCGCAGCUGGACUUCACUUGGGAGGCAGUGCUCCUCGACCAACCUCUCCACUUGCAGUUGGAAAGCUUGCAGCUGCGAUCUUUCAAGGUGGAGCAAGCGCAAGUAUGAUGUGGACAGCGGAGGUACCAUGCUUCCGUUCGAUCUGCCUACGUGAACUGGCAGGGGAAGCUGGAGCCAAGCCGAAAGCACUAGGAGGGUGCCAUUGUGCAAUUGUGCAGGUGCCACAGCAACAGAAUGUAACAGAAAGCAACAGAAAGCAACAGAAGACAACAGAAGGCAAGAGUGCUUCUCAAAAGAGCCUCUGUGGCCUCACGAAUUGCAACCUCAGUGAUGGGUGACUCCAGAAAUAUCUGGGUCUGGACGUCCGUUGUUUGAUCAACACAAGGAGGUUGCAGACCACGCAGCAUUGUCGCAAACUUAAAUAAAUCGGCGGAAGUGGUGCUAACGUCGAGCCUAAGCAUGCAAUGCAUGAGGCGCAGUGUUGAACGCGGCGCAGAUCAUCCUUAUGUAUAUAUUGGAUGAUAUUGAACAGACAUGUAGACUUAUUCAGACAUUUAAAAUGUGGGCUGAUAGGGGGCUCAUGCUGAUUUCUUUCUUUCAGGGAGGUUGCUUCAAGUCCGAACUCUUUUGCCGCAUAGACGAUUGGGAAAA